AUACAACCUCGAACACCGCCCGGCACUUAUGCUGCACGGUACAAGGCCCGAUCAUCAUCCACCAAGUACAAUUGGCGCAGCCUAAGCCGCCAAAAUGGCUUGGAAGGGAAGCGAGCGGCUGAUGGACACCAUCCGGCACUAUGCCAGCUUCCCUGCUACCGGCGUGAGCCUGCGCCAGAUGGUGCAGUUUGGCGAGAAGCCGUCAACUGGGACACUAUUCCGCGCUUCGCAGUUCCUCGCCGAGGAGCUGCCCAUCCGACUCGCCCACCGUGUCCAAGAGCUCGAAACCCUACCAGACGGCCUCAACGAGAUGCCCUCGGUGAAGAAGGUGGCCGAUUGGUACGCACAAUCGUUCGAGGAAAUUACAACAUUGCCCAGGCCGGAUCUCGGCAAGGAGGUACGAGAGAGAUUGAUGCGGCCCUCGAGGAUAUCCGGGAGAAACACAUCUUGGCUGAGCGAAGCGACACCAAACCCGAGCAUCGAGGAGGGGCAGUACAACUCGUGGAACGGCAACGGCAACGGCAACGGCUGGUCCAAGGGCAGGUUCCCCGCAACGAGGAGGUACUUCGCAAUGGUCGACGACACGGGCGACUGGCCGCCUGAGCUACAAUUGUAUAACAUGAAAUUUGCCCAGGCGUUGCAUCGCAUCAAGAGGCGGCACGACAGCGUGGUUACCACCAUGGCACAGGGCAUCCUCGAGUACAAACGCAAACGACAACGGAUGCAGAUCGACAGCAAUAUACAAUCAUUCCUGGACCGCUUCUACAUGUCACGCAUCGGGAUACGGAUGCUCAUCGGCCAGCACAUUGCUCUGACCGAUCAGAGCCACUACCGGGAUCCCUCCUACGUCGGCAUCAUCUGCACAAAGACAUACGUCAAGGAUCUGGCGCAGGAGGCUAUCGAGAACGCGCGCUUUGUCUGCGAGGAUCAUUACGGCUUGUUUGAGGCACCCAAGAUCCAGCUCGUGUGCGAUCCCACCCUCAACUUCAUGUAUGUGCCAGGUCACCUGUCGCACAUGCUCUUCGAGACGCUCAAGAACUCGCUGCGCGCCGUGGUCGAGACGCACGGUCAAGACAAGCAGGAGUUCCCUGUCACCAAGGUGAUCGUGGCCGAGGGAAAGGAGGAUAUCACUAUAAAAGUUUCAGACGAAGGCGGCGGUAUCCCGCGGAGUGCCAUACCGCUGGUCUGGACGUACAUGUACACCACUGUCGACAGGACACCAAACCUCGACCCGGACUUUGACAAGAGCGACUUCAAGGCACCCAUGGCCGGGUUCGGCUACGGAUUGCCGAUAUCACGACUGUACGCGAGGUACUUUGGCGGUGACCUCAAGCUCAUAAGCAUGGAAGGCUACGGCACGGACGUCUACCUCCACCUGAACCGCCUGUCAAGCUCGUCGGAGCCCUUGCAAUAGCAAUCAGCAGUCAUGAGGGGUACCGGUACGUCUGCAUCGCCCCGAGGAUUGACGCUGCCAAUGCGAUACCUGAUGCGCAAGCGCCUCAAGAACCUGGCCCCGCUCGAGAUUACCGAGCGCAGGCAGGUCGGUGACGUCGAGGCUAUCUUUAAGCCGCCGCGAUCUGCCGCCGCCGACUCGCAGCACCCCC